UUCAAUUUCUCUCAAAACUUCUUGAAGUAUACGAUUUUUUUUAUGCCGUUGAGUGCAAACAAUAUAGCAGAUGAGAGAUAAUUCAAGCGAAUCAAAAUAAAAAUCAAAUGACCCAAUUACCGAAAAACCGGCUGCUACUCCUAUACUGAACGCAAUAAACCGCAUCUCCACGCGAUAUUUGUUUGUACGAAACAUUAAGAAGCUGAAACUUCUAGGAAGCUGACUGGCGGCGCAUUCAAAUUUCACCCAAACGAACCAACGAACUGCGGCGUUGACUUACACGCACGCAACGAGAAAGCGGAGAAACAAACAGAAGCUGGAACUGUGUGUGAUAAACAAACCAACGAUCUAAGCCGAAGAUACUCGAAAAAAAAAAAUAAAACGAAAAACAAACAAAGCUUGCGCAAACCAGUCCAGAAGAAGCCACUAAAAGAAUUCCCAGUUAAACGUCUGCUUAUUUUAUUUUGUACUUUUUUCAACUCACCUUUACAAAUUCACUACUUUAUCUUUAAGUUACUUAAGCAGCCCGCGGCUUGCUAGCGAGCGCAGUUGUAUUGCGCCUGCGCUUACAUCCAGUUAAUAUUGAACACAUACGUUCCCCGUUUUCCAACGCAACAACAUGCAGUGCUACAAAAUCACUUUUAUUGCGGUGCUCAUUGUCUUACUCGCCAUCGCCGGCGGUGACGCCAAAAGGCACAAGAAACACCGAUCCUCGUCCAGCGGCGCACCCUCCAGCAAGGCCAAAACCAAAACGAAAUGGUCCACCUCCACCGAUUUGGGACACAAUGGCGCACAGCUUGCCACCGAGGAGCACGGCUACUAUGUGAAACGCACGUUCCUUCCGCUGAACGCAACUACGGCAGCAGGACGCAGUCCACCCUACUUGGCCAUACCGAUUGCUUGGUACGCUUGCGAUGGUGCCGCUUGCAACAGAGCCAAUACGGCCGCCAUAAGCGGUAGCGCUGUGGCGCUGCAAGAAGGUUUCCUCUGCGAUGACGAUUGCGUGGAGCCGUACGAGCCGAUCUGCGGUAAGACAGCCAGUGAGUUGGCAGUGUUCUAUAAUAAAUGCAAAUUAAAUGUGGCCAAGUGUCGUACGCAUGGAUUGUGGUUGGACGUCGCGUACGAGGAGUGCCAGAAGUCACAUCCAAAGGAGGUAGCAUAUGCCGAGCGCAAAUUCAAGACAUCGCCAUUUUUCAAAGACACCAAACGCAUUGUGGUGCAGAAGAAAAAGGACGAAGACAACUCAUCCUCCGAGGAGAACGACGCUGUGUUGGAUGUCGCAUUGCAGGCAUUGGAUAAAAUAGGCCAUCAAAUUGCGGCAGCCGAGGCUGAGGCUUUGGACGAGGCCGCCACGAACACAGUGGUGAAAAGUGAAGUGCACGCGCCCAUUGCGAAACCAGUUCAGGAAAACGCGUCGAGCGUUAAACCUGCAAAAGAGAUCAGCACAACCGCAAAGCCAGUUAAAGCGAGCGUUGCACCAGCAGCGGUGGAGAAUAAUGUAAACAAACCAGUUGAGAGCAGUCACUUGCAGCCCACAGUUGGCAUUGCUGCACCAGAGGCUGGUGGUAAUGCCGCUAAAGUAGUUGUUAAGAAAUAAUUAUGCUUGAGCAUAGUUAUGUGAUAUUCCUUUAUCGAUACUUUUAGAACGCAAACAUACUUAUAUCUAAUAUAUAUUAGCGAAUAAAUAUUUAUUACUUCAAAAUUUA